CCCUGAGUGUGUAUGUCAGUGUGUUCCAGUCUCUCUGUGUGAGUGUUGUCCCCAGUCCCCCAUCCCCCCCUGGAUCUCUAAUUAGUGGUUUGGGGUUUGUUCCUUCUCCCUCCUGUUCCUUUCCUCAGCGGCAGCCACGCGGCCUCAGCAGCAGCAGCAGGAGCCACAGGAGCAGCAGCUGGGACUCCGGAGUCAGCGCAGGAGGGUAGGAUUGGAGCCUGAGUGGGAGCAGGAGAGGAGCUGGCCGGGAGAGCAGUGGAGCCCUUCCAGGCCCCUCAGGCCACCCCUUGCCUGCACUCCCCCUGCCAGAAAGGAGACCCAGGACACCUAGCCCCAGAUACCGCAGCCUCAGGAUGGCGUCCUCCCUGCUUGAGGAGGAAGCGCACUAUGGCUCCAGUCCCCUGGCCAUGCUGACAGCAGCGUGCAGCAAAUUUGGUGGCUCCAGCCCGCUGCGGGACUCAACGACACUGGGCAAAGCAGGCGCCAAGAAGCCAUAUUCUGUGGGCAGUGACCUUUCAGUCCCCAAAACCAUGGGGGAUGCCUACCCAACCCCCUUUUCAAGUACCAAUGGGCUCCUAUCUCCUGCAGGCAGUCCUCCAGCACCCACCUCCGGCUAUGCCAACGACUACCCUCCCUUUUCCCACUCAUUCCCUGGGCCCACGGGCACCCAGGACCCUGGGCUACUAGUGCCCAAGGGGCACAGCUCUUCUGACUGCCUGCCCAGUGUCUACACCUCUCUGGAUAUGGCACACCCUUACGGCUCCUGGUACAAAGCAGGCGUCCAUGCAGGCAUCUCACCAGGCCCAGGCAAUACUCCUACUCCUUGGUGGGACAUGCACCCUGGGGGCAACUGGCUAGGUGGUGGGCAGAGUCAGGGUGAUGGGCUGCAAGGGACACUGCCCACAGGUCCUGCUCAGCCUCCACUGAACCCCCAGCUGCCCACCUAUCCAUCUGACUUUGCUCCCCUUAAUCCAGCCCCCUAUCCAGCUCCCCACCUCUUGCAAGGGCCCCAGCAUGUCUUGCCCCAAGAUGUCUAUAAACCUAAGGCAGUGAGCAACAGUGGGCAGCUGGAGGGGAGUGGUGGAGCCAAACCCCCUCGGGGCGCAGGCACUGGGGGCAGUGGUGGAUAUGGGGCCAGUGGAGCAGGGCGCUCCUCCUGUGACUGCCCCAAUUGCCAGGAGCUAGAGCGCUUGGGGGCAGCUGCAGCUGGGCUGCGGAAGAAGCCCAUUCACAGCUGCCACAUCCCUGGCUGCGGCAAGGUGUAUGGCAAGGCCUCACACCUGAAGGCCCACUUGCGCUGGCACACAGGAGAGAGGCCCUUCGUUUGCAACUGGCUCUUCUGUGGCAAGAGGUUCACCCGUUCAGACGAGCUGGAGCGCCACGUGCGCACUCACACCCGGGAGAAGAAGUUCACCUGCUUGCUCUGCUCCAAGCGCUUUACCCGAAGCGACCAUCUGAGCAAGCACCAACGUACCCAUGGCGAGCCGGGCCCGGGCCCCCCUCCCAGUGGCCCCAAGGAGCUGGGGGAGGGUCGCAGCACAGGGGAAGAGGAGGCCAGUCAGACACCGCGACCUUCGGCCUCACCAGCACCCCCAGAGAAAGCCCCUGAAGGCAGCCCUGAGCAGAGCAACCUGCUGGAGAUAUGACCUGGGUGGAGGGUCUCCAGCCCCAGAGCUGCCCUGCCAGUCUCUCCUGGCUCUGUGGACCACUGCUUGCCCCUCACUACCUUUGGCCCAUGCAUGCUGCCUCUUGGGGGCUCUCUACGUCCCUUCCCUGGCCAUUCUGAGCUUGGGUUUCUCCCAGCAUGCCCCCUUUGCUCAUCUUCUCCCCUUGCCAUGAGCCCAUUCCCCACACUCUCAUCUCAGGCCAUCACCUUGUGCCUGAUUUCUGCACUCUGGCUUCCUAAGUUGUCCCUGCUCAUAGCUCUGCUACUUGGUUCUUACCCCACCAGCUUUACUUGCGUUCCAUUUGGGCUCCCAACACUUUCUCCAUCUCACUAACUCCUUGACAUGCAUCCUUUCUGCUUCCCAAGCUUACUUACCAUAUCCCUUAGCUUUCAGGCUCCCGUUUUCCCAACUUACUUUCCAUGCUCCAGAGCGUUCUUCCUUUUUACAAACACGAUGAUGAUGAUCAUAAUGAUAAUGAUAAUUUAUUGCCCCCUGGUGGCCUCUUCAUUAGGGGCAAGAAUUAGGAGAAUUGGGGUUAGUGACCUGGCAGGGAGCAGGGUGCUAGAGGGGGGCAGAGCAGUGGGGAUCUGAUCCCAAAGAUGGGGUGACCCCAGGGUCAGGGAGGCUGCCCCCAGGCCUGUAUAUUUAACCCCAUGUUCCAAGAGAAAUGAGUAGUAAUAAUAAUAAUUCUAUUUAUAUAAGUUAUGAUGACAGGUCAGGUAGGGUGAGCUUGGGAGAAAGGAGGUCCAUUUCUGCUAUAGAAAUUUUUGCCAAAUGUAUCUCUGUUUAGAAAAAGUGUUAGGGCAAUUUUGUUCAUAGAAUUUCUAUCAUCAGGGUCUCAGUUAAGGGGGUUUCUCUUUUAACGGAAUCUCUGUUAAUGGGGUUGGUUAGCUAGGUCUCUGCUGAAGAGUUGAUUGGGAAUCUCAGUUUGGUGAUCCCUAAUAUUCCAGCCUCAGCCAGAAGCUGUGAAACCUCAAGUCCUAUGGAAGGGAGGACUGGAAUGUACCCCAGCUCCUCUGACCCCAGAGCAGGUUUUUCCACUGCCCCAACCCUGACACCAUGCCCCCAUCAGGCAAAUCCCUUGUUGCCAUAAUCACAGAGAACUUGCAACUGCCAUCUUAGGCAUGCUCUUUGGGGAAGCCCACCUAACAUGGGGACAUGGGUUUGGAGGUGUCUAUCCUGAAGAAUAGGUGGGGAAGGCUUUCUUUGGGAUUAGAUUCAAAUAAAUAUUUAUUGGGUGCCUAUUCUGUGCAAGGCACUGUGCUAGGCUGGUGCCUAGAAGCCAUGAGAAAGAAUUUACACAGCUAGGAGGACAGAGGUUCCCAAGCUGAUUUGGGGGUACAUCCACAGGCCCCCAACCUGGGACUUCCGAUGCUCCACCUCCAGUGACUUUUAAAGCCUCUUCGUGCCUUUCGUGUGACUUUGGAUCCUCCUUUUCUAUCUCCUGCUCCCUCAAGGCCCCAAGUUAAAGGGUUAAAGCCGCUGGGGCUUGGGGAGAGGGUAAUAUUGCGGAUGGGAUCAUACCCUCAUGGAGUCCUUUUUUUUUUAAUUUAAUAAAUAAAAGUUCGAGUUUAAAUUGUGUCCUGUUGAGAUAAGGCGAAGAGGAAGGGAGAAGAGUGAGCCACAGGAUUUUUCCUCGGAAAUCGGGACUCCCCAUGGGCAUUCCAUCGU